AUGUCUAUGGCUCAGCCCAGAAUUUGUGAUACGCUCGUGGCACACGAGAAGUCGAAUGCUCUGGAAGAGCUGGAACAUGUGCAUCCAUCUAAUUCCUCGCCACUUCCUCCAGAGUCUGACCCUCCAGAUGGCGGGUUUUGGGCGUGGGCAACUGUUUUCGGGUGUUUUUUGAUACAGUUUUGUGGUUUUGGGUUCGUUCUGGCACCAUUCCUUCGAGACGAUAUUUCACAGCACUUUGACAGAUAUGUAUCAUCAUUUGGAGUGUAUCAAGAUUUUUACACGCGGAUUUACCUGGCCAAUCAACCACCGUCCGCAAUAUCAUGGAUUGGUGCAUUGACCUCGUUCCUGGCAGAUAGUGUCACCUUGAUCUCAGGACCGCUGUACGACAGAGGAUGGUUCUAUCAAUUGAUGAUUGUGGGCUCGGCCCUCCAGUCAAUAUCCUUGUUCGCGUUAUCUCUCGCAAAGCCUGGUCAGUUCUACCUUAUUUUCAUUGUCCAAGGUAUCCUUUCGGGGAUUGGGAUGGGUCUAACAUAUGGUCCCUGCAUGGCGGUUAUCUCUCAGCACUUCUCCAAGAGACGCACGUUGGUGAUGUCUCUUGUCGCGUCCGGUUCACCAAUGGGUGCCGUUGUUCAUCCGAUCAUGCUGAACCAUCUUUUAAACGGUACUGUUGGCUUUGAGCGAGGUGUCCGUGCCAGUGCAGGUUUUGUUAGUGCCCUAUUGUUGAUAUCUUGCCUAUCCAUGCGCACGAGAGCACUCUCCAUGCCAAAACCGACCACAAGCUAUAAUGCAGCUGUGCGAAAAUGCUCUCGAGAUGUUUUCUUCAUCCUCAUAACCGCCGGGUCAACAAUAUUUCAGAUCGGGUAUUACUUCCCUAUAUUUUAUUUGCAACUUGACUCUAUCAAACAUGGGAUCGACGUCCAUUUCUCGUUCUAUUCUCUUGUGAUCAUGAAUGCUGCUUGUGUCGUGGGCCGCUGCACAGCAGGAAUAAUUGCAGCGUACACAGGGGCAUUAAACUUCACGAUGGUAUCCACUCUCGCAUGCAGUGCCCUGAUCAUUUGCAUGAUAGCGCUGAGCGACGUAGCAGGUGUGGUUGUAUUAGGGCUUGGAUAUGGUUACUUUUCUGGAGUUUAUGUUGCGUUGAUGGUACCGUUGGUGACUGUGUUUACGCACGACUUGUCCGAGCUAGGAGCGCGAUUCGGGAUAUGUUUUGCUUUCACUGCCUUUGGUGGAUUACUCGGCGGCCCAAUAUCAGGCGCUUUGCUUUCCUCUCAAUACAGGUGGUGGAUAGCAUCGCUCUUCAGUGGGCUCAUCUGUUUUGUCGGAAGCUCCAUGUUUGUGGUGAUGCGCUUGAUGAUAUACCGCAGACGAAAAACGGAAGAGACACUUGCCACCCACAACGCGCUGAAAUGAGGUGAACUACGUGUUCUAUGAGCACUUUUCUUUCGGGUCGAUAUAUGUGUUUGUUUGUUCAACAUACUCGCCCUUGUGCUGUCGGUGGCACCAGGAUGUUAUAGUGUACACCUACGCGCAUUUUUGAUACAUGGGUUGUAUACGUAUUUGCCACUGUAUAAGCUAUUUGCCGUCAUGCCGAGUGCGAUUUUUCAUAGUCCGCUAUAUUUAUUGUUGUAUAUCCUAUA